UGUUGGCUCUUACCAACUCCACUGGGCCCUGCGCCCCCCGCCCCCCUCCGCGGCCCCGGGCCGCCGAGCCUGCCGCCACCAUGAAGAAGUUCUUCCAGGAGAUCAAGACUGACAUCAAGUUUAAGAGCGCAGGUUCCGGACAGAAGCUCACGGAGUCGGUGGGGGAGAAGGCCCCCAAAGAAAAGUCCAACCAGCUGGCGCUCCGGCAGCCCCGCCAGGGACCCACCAAUGAGGCACAGAUGGCAGCCGCAGCGGCCCUGGCCCGGCUUGAGCAGAAGCAGCCGAGGGCCCGGGGCCCCACAUCACAGGACUUCAUCCGGAACCAGGUGAGAAAGGAACUUCGAACUGAAGCCACUGUCAGUGGGAGCUCGGAGGCCCCAGGGACUAACAUGGUACCUGAGCCCAAAGAGGAAGUCUCUACUCACCUGGUGGUGCCUGGAGUGUACUUCACCUGCCCGCUUACAGGGGCCAUCCUGAGGAAGGACCAGCGAGACACCCGAAUCAAAGAGGCCAUUCUCUCACACUUCUCCACUGACCCAGUAGCUGCCUCCAUCAUGAAGAUCCACACGUUCAACAAAGACAGGGACAGGGUGAAGCUGGGCGUGGACACCAUUGCCAAAUACCUGGAUAAUAUCCACCUGCACCCCGAGGAGGAGAAAUACCGAAAGAUCAAGCUGCAGAACAAGGUGUUCCAGGAGCGUAUUAACUGCCUGGAAGGGACCCAUGAGUUUUUUGAGGCCAUUGGCUUCCAGAAGGCAUUGUUGCCAGUUCCAGAUCAGGAGAGCCCCGAAGAGUUCUACGUGCUAAGCAAGACCGCCCUGGCCCAGCUACAGAGCCUGGAGAGGCACAAGGAGCAGCUGCUGUGUGCCGAGCCUGUGCGGGCCACACUGGCCCGCCAGCGCCGUGUCUUCCAGCCCUCGCCCCUGGCUUCCCAGUUUGACCUGCCCUCUGACUUCUUCAACAUCACAGCCGAGGAGGCCAAACGAGAGCAGAAGCUCAGGUCUGAGGCAGUGGAGAGGCUGAGCAUGCUGCGGACCAAGGCCAUGCGGGAGAAGGAGGAGCAGAGGGAGAUGCGCAAGUACACUUACACACUGCUGCGUGUUCGCCUCCCAGACGGCUGCCUCCUCCAGGGGACCUUUUAUGCCCGGGAGCGGGUGGCAGCACUGUAUAGCUUUGUCCGGGAGGCCUUGCAGAGUGACUGGCUGCCCUUCGAGCUGCUGGCCUCGUGUGGGCAGAAAUUGUCAGAGGACGAGAACUUGGCCUUCAAUGAGUGUGGGCUGGUGCCCUCAGCCCUUCUAACCUUCUCGUGGGACAUGGCGGUGCUAGAGGACAUCAAGGCUGCAGGGGCUGAGCCAGACUCAUCUAUCCUGAAACCCGAGCUCCUGUUGACCAUCGAGAAGCUCUAGUGAAAUAAAAGCAGGGUUGGCUUUAGCCCCCAUAGCUCUGUCUCAUGCUCUCCUGCUUCCUCCACCACUACUCAUGUCCUCAUUCUUCCUCCACUACAAGGCCUCCCAGCCUCCUCUGGGACUGUUUGCUCAGCCCUUGGGCAGGAGAGAGCCACCGGUUGACCUUUGACCGCCACCCAGAGGGCUUUCAGGGGACAGCUGCUGUGCUGUCCUUGGUAGCACUGGGUCUAAGCCUUUUCUAGCUGCUAUUAACCUAGUUAGCAGAACCCCAGACAUGACAGACUUGGGUGCCUCUCUGGGCAGGAGAGUGGGCUUGCAGCAUGGGCCUGGGCCCCAUGUGCUAUGGCACAGGCACCCACGGCUGACCCUGAGGCUGCCCCGUGGGGCUCCUGGCGAUGGUGGCAUAAGAUGGAGAUGCUGAGCUUGUCAGGACAGAGUUCUGUAAUACUAAAUUCUGAAUCCAAAUA